AUGUGUGUGAAAACUCAGUGUUGGUCUCAUGAAUCGGACAAGGUGGAAAUUGUUUCCUGCGUGCGCAGAAAAGCAGACGUCAGUGUCGAGGCCAACGUCGACGGUUGUCGUCACCCUGGCUAUGGUCAGGCGACGUCGAGGAAUGUAAUCCCACCGUUGAAAAUUCAUGAAUUGAUCAAAAAACUGGCCACUGCAGCUUCGGAGGCAAGAUUAAAUGCUUAUGCCCCUUACAGCAAAUUCCAAGUUGGUGCUGCCCUUUUAUGUGACAAUGAGGAAAUCGUCAAAGGUAUG